AUGCCACCGGUCGUGCGCACCUCACCCCAGAAAACGGCUUCCACGCGGAGGAACGAGCACAAACGGAUCGACAAGGUACGUCGCGAGCGGGUGCUGCUGAACGACACACUAAAUCGCGUCCACAACACCCAGCAGACCAGAACCGAGAGCCUCGUCAUCAGGGACGCCAUCCACACGCUACGCGCUCAACGCCAGGAAGCCGAGAUGAUUCGACAGCAUCGCGAAUACCUUCAAGGCAAGCUGGCUCGAUACACGCUCAAAUAUGGCCCUCAUCCCUUGAUGUCUAAGACCGGAUUCUCUGCUCCCAACGUCCUCAACGGCACCAGACCCGGAUUGCCGCAACAGCCACCUGCCGCAAACCCUAGCUGGAAACUCAGUGAGAAAGAUCCUGCAUGGGUUGUCUUCCCGUCGUACGCAAUGGCCAAUCGUUCUUUCACAGCAGAUCGCUACAUCCCGCAGACGCCAGAGUCGUCGGCGUCAACUGACAAGGAACCUUCUCGAGCAUCUACACCUGGCUUUGCCGAGAAACAUCCAAUGCUCUGUGGGCUAUUAGCCUCACCAACGCCGUGGUACGCGGGGCCAGAACCGAGCACGCAUGAUGCAAAAGAGGAUGUGCUUGACGAGGCCACCUUCAUGAAGGCGAUCAAGCUGGUCGAGGAGCGCAUCACGAGUACCGAGCAGUUCAACAACGGCACAUUCACAAGCUCGGCCAAGUCGAAAGUGCCCGAUCAGCCAUCGCGCGCGCUCGAAGAUUCAUGGCUGGAUCGGGCCUGUGCAUCCGUGGCCAAGGGCGAAGUCGAAUUUGAUGAUGGCGUCUUCGACUUCUUUGAUGACGACGAGCCGAACGGCUCGAAAUCACCGAGUGACCUGAAGGUUCCAACC